CCAAAGACAUUGAAGCCUUUGUUGCUUCGACAGGCCUGACGCCAACAACAACUGACCAAAAAAGCCACUACACCACGCACCCCAUUCCACCAUUCCGCCAUUCUUUACGCAAAAACAACACAAAAACGGAUUCGACUUGGCUGACGGCCUUGUUAUUGCGACAACUUUUGACGACCAAUGCCCCGGCUUCUCAACUUCAUGUGAGACGACGUCGAAAAGCUUAAACGACAAUAGCUGCACAGUAGUACUCUGUACCUACGAAUACAUCACCGACACUGCCCCCCCGACGCUUUCUCACUCUCUCCACUUCUACUCUCUUCCUCCGGCUUUCCAUCCACCAUCCAGGAUCGACGAGGGGAGCUACGACGACCCGCCACUCUGCUCAUUAGAGCCUACAGCUCUCGAACAUCAACUAACCUCCCGACAAACACCUAUCACCAAGAAUCACCUGUCCUCAACCGCACCUUGCAAUGGCACCCCCGGCCGAGAUUUCCAUCCCCUCGACCAUCCUCUCGACCGGCGAAUCCAAGCCCUACACCCUUUACAACAUCACCCUGCGCCUGCCGCUCAAGUCUUUCGUCGUCCAGAAGCGCUACUCCGACUUCACCGCCCUCCACCAGACCCUCACCUCCCUCGUCGGCUCCCCACCCCCGAAGCCGCUGCCUGCCAAGUCCUGGUUCAAGUCCACCGUCUCCUCCCCCGAGCUCACCGAGCAGCGCCGUCAGGGCCUCGAGGCCUACCUCCGCGCCAUCGCCGAGUCCCCCGACCGCCGCUGGCGCGACACCACCGCCUGGCGUGCCUUUCUCAACCUGCCCUCGACCGGCGUCGGCAGCACCUCCAACUCGGCCGCAAGCGCCCACGGACUCAUUACCAAUGGCCGUGCCGGCGCCGGCGACCCGACCACCUGGCUCGACCUCCAUCGCGAGAUGAAGACGUGCCUACAUGACGCUCGUAACCACCUCGCCCGUCGCGAUGGCGCUGUCGACGCCAACAACACCACCGCUGCCGCCGAGGCCGGCGCCGCAGCCAAGCGCUCCCUUGUCAAGGCCGGCACCCUAGUCAGCACCCUCACCGACGGGUUGCGGGCCAUGCAGGAGGGCGGACGCCUCGGCGACGGCGAGCUGCGGCGCAGGAGGGAUCUCCUCUCAUCGGCGCGCGUCGAGCGCGAGGGGCUCGAUAAGCUGAGCAACAGCAUGGCGCAGGGGAGCAUCGGCGGCGGAUCCGGCGGACGGGAAGGGUGGGCCUCGACGGGAGACAAGGCGGCGCUGCUAGGCGGCGGUGGCAGCAACCGCAACGGCGGGGCGCGGACGGGUGGCCGGGUUCUCGGGGCGCCGCUGCCGGAGAACGAGCGCACGCGGGAGCUCGACAACAGCGGCGUCGUGCAACUGCAGCGCCAGAUGAUGAGCGAGCAGGACGAGCAGGUCAACACGCUGGCGGCCAUCGUGCGCAGGCAGAAGGAGAUGGGGCUGCGGAUCAACGACGAGGUGCAGGAGCAGACCAAGAUGCUCGACCGCCUCAACGAGGACGCCGACCGCGUGGGCGGCAAGAUGGACGUGGCCAAGAAGCGCAUCAACAAGUUCUGACUGCGGCGCGCCGCCGGGCUCGCCGCGCGGGCCGUCGUCGCCGUGCUCGAGCUCGUCGUCUGGGGUCUCUGGGUCGGCGGGCGGGUAUUGGAUGCUUUUGCGUGGUGUUUGGAGUUGGCUUCACUUUUGGUCGCGCCGGCUCGUUCACGAUGACUGGCCGUGCUUUUUCUUCCAUCACUGUGCUUCUUCUGUUCUGCUGGGUGGGGGUGGUUAAUUCACGGAAACGUACAUAUGUACAGACGACAUUCGCAUUUACAAACGCCUUUCUUUUUUUUUCCUUUCUCUCCUCUGCGAAACAAAACACAACAGCGCUGCCUUUUAUUUUAUUCUUAUAAUCAUGCGUGGAAAUACCAGCACGGGAUGGCUUCGGCCGAUAUAUGAGCUCACACAUUUUUUAUCUAUCCCCAGGACGAAACUCGCCACCACUGAUCUAU